AUGGCACGCAGCCACCUGGGCAACAUCAUCUCCGACACCACAUCGACCCUCGAUAUCCUGUCCUCGCUCUCCUCGUCCUUCAAAGCCGUCGAGGCACAGACGACCGCGUUCCGAACACAAUGCGAGGGCUUGAUCAGCGACCAGACGCGCAUCACCAAGCUGGCAGAGGACAUGGGGCAGAAUCUACGCUACUACAUGUACCUCGAGCCCACCACAAAGCGACUCAAUGCGCCCGGGGCCGGCAAGAUUGUGCGCAGCAACGAGUUCACCGAGAUGCUCGCAAACCUGGAUAGCUGCUUAGAGUACAUGCAGGCCCACUCGAAGCACAAGGAGGCAGAAACCUACCGCUCACGAUACCGACUGCUUCUUACCCGCGCCCUCACGCUUACACGCGUCCACUUCACCGAAGCUCUGCGUGAAACCGCCGCAGAUGUGUCCAAGCGAAUCGCCGAUCGUCAAUUGAACGACACCACAAUGUCCGCACUCUUGUAUGCCAAGUUCCGUGUCGGUGCGCCGGAACUGAAGAGUAUUGGAUUGGAGAUCCAGAAGCGUGCUGUGCUGCCCAAGGGAGCUGCACCAGGCACAGAAGCAGAAUAUCAGAGUCUCAUGAAGCGAACUCUACCAGAGCUAUUCCACCACACGUGGCCUAGCAUAAGCUACCUGCGCGACAUAUGCAUGGACGAGUGUGAACUCUGGCGCGAAUGGUUUGAGGGAGACGGCGGACUGUACGACUUCCUUGAGGCUAUGUGUGAGCCCUUGUACGACCACCUGCGACCACGAACUAUCCACGAGACACAGAUCCUGAAGUUGUGUGAACUCUGCACCAUGAUACAGACACGGUACAUGGAAAAAGACGAAGAUGAGGAAGAAGAGGUCGAUACAAAGAAGCUGGACUUCUCCAUCCUGGUGCAUCCUGCACUGGAAGAUGCGCAGAACCGUCUCGUCUUUCUCUCCCUAGCUGUCCUGCGCGACGACAUUGAACGAUACAAGCCUAAGCCAGAAGACCUCGACUAUCCAGCAAAGCACAAGAAGCUUGCAGCAUCCGGCGGCAAGUCGAAUCAGCCUGCACUGUCUGGUAAGAGGCAGCCAAAGUCAGAAGCACCACCUACACCAUUGAUGCCGAAAACGCCCACCGUCGUUGAAGAAGACGAUCCUGACUCUCGAUGGAACUUCAACACCGAAGCUGCAUUCAAGGACUGGUAUCCUACAUUGAGGAAAGCAAUUUGGCUACUUAGCAAGAUCUACCGGCUUGUACAUUCCUCCGUAUUCGAUGAUCUAGCCCAUCACAUUGUUCAUAGCACCACCAUGUCUCUUACACAAGCCAGCGCACUCCUGACCAAGUCCACAUCUCCCACAGACGCAGCCCUCUUCCUGGUAUCCCAUCUCCUCCUUCUCAAGCAGCAAAUUGUCGCCUUCGACAUCGAGUUCGUUACCCCUGAGACUGAAGUGCAAUACAACAUGACCAGCAUCACCAACACCUUCUGGGAACUCCGAUCCCGCGGUGGCCUCUUCAACCCACGCAACCUCGUCGGCCUUCUAAUCCCCAAAGUCGUGGAAAACAUGCUCGACGCCAAAGCCGAAGUUGACGCUCGAUUACGCCAAGCCAUCAACGAUUUCACAGGCCAAUUCGUCGCACGCAUGACCGCUCCAAUCGACACCAAGAACGGCAAAAAGGUUCCCGUCGCGGAAGCCCCAGCACGCACCGCAAAGAUCAGACAGAACAUCGAGCAUGAAGUCCCCUUUCUCAGGACAAAAUUAGAGGAGUACAUCACCGACCAUCGCACUCGCGAAAUGCUCGUCGCGGCUGUAAUGGAAUCCGUCACGCAGACGUAUGAAGAGUGGUUCGAUACAUCCUACACGCCUUCCAUCGCAGGUUCCAACGGCGCGGGACGCAGCACCAAGGGCAAAGGCAGGGAAGAUGGCGUCUGGGAUCCCGAUGUGUUUAAUGAGUGGUGUAACAGCACCUUCAAAGUUGGAACUCUCGGACUGGGAAUGGAGGAUGGGAGCAAUGAUGAGGAUGACGAAGACGACGGGAGUAGUGCGGGCAGUAUGAGGACAGGAACGGAUCGCGUUGGCUUGGGGUUGAGUAUUAAAAUGUAG